AUGGAAGAACAUAAUAUUGUGGUGAUGGGAAGUGGGGGAGUUGGAAAAAGUGCUUUGACUAUGCAGUUUACUCAGGAUAUUUUUGUCAUCAAAUAUGAUCCUACCAUAGAAGAUUCAUACUGUCGUAAUAAAGUGAUCGAUAACAAAGAAUGUGCAUUGGAAAUUCUUGAUACGGCUGGGACAGAACAAUUUUAUAGUGUCUAUGAAAUGUACAUGAGAAAAGGGGAUGGGUUCCUUCUUGUCUACUCAGUUUCUGAACCUCAAACAUUUGAUUGGGCUCAAAACUUAUAUAAACAGAUCCAGGAAUAUCACGCUCCAAAUAAAGUCCCUGCUGUGAUUGUUGGAAAUAAGUGCGACAUGGAAUCUUCAAGAAAAGUCUCUACGGCUAAUUUAUUAACUCUUGGAAAAACUCUUGGAAUUCCUGUUUUUGAAACUUCUGCAAAAACUGCAGUGAACGUCGAACGUGCUUUUUGUGAGAUAGUUCGUCUCAUUAGGUCAAAAAAACGUUCACUAAAAUAUACAUCGAAAAGAAAAUGCACAAUUAUUUGA